AUGGACCAGAUCGCCGAGAUCAUGCAGCCAUAUACCAUGAAGACAAACCAAAUCGCCUGGUAUACCACCUACAAGCGGGUAUGCCCGAAGAUCUCAAUCUACAAUCGUAUAUUCCUGGCUGGUGAGGCAAUCCAUACUCACUCCCCUAAAGUGGGACAAGGAAUGAAAGUCAGCAUGCAGGACACAUACAACCUCGGAUGGAAACUUGCUUCCGUGAUUCAUGGCGCCUCGCCACCGAAUAUAUUAGACACGUAUGCGGAAGAAAGGCUACCAAUCGCCAAACGGCUUACACAGCUGGACUGGCGUAUCUGCCGCAGAAUGUGCAGUCGGAACGAAAGUGAACCUAUGCUUUGUGAUAGAUUCGAUGAGGAUCACAAGCGUGCCAUUCGCGAAGAAAAUACUUCAGCUUCUGGUCUCACCGCAACCUAUCAACUUUCUUAUUAG